AUGGCUUUUUAUUGGAAUGAGGGCAAUGAAACUGGAAGUAAUGGUGCUGCAGGGCCGCCGCCUCCGCCACCAAUGGUUACAAGUGUACCUGCAAAGAGACUACCUUCAGAGAUUCCAGAAAGAUCUAAUGAACCGCCUCUAUGUGUACAAAAUGCAAUGCUGACAAAAGACAAGAAGCCUUUCACCUACACUCCGGGUGGUAUCGAUUUGUCGCAAAUUCGAUCUCCUCGAAUGGCACGACGGAUAGUGCGAAACGCUCAAAGCGAAGGAGUGACCGAAACUCCAAAACCGUCGCCUUUGGCCGCCCAUAGCAGUGAGCCUUUGCCGCCAUCGGCACUGGCCGCAAUGCAGCCUCAAAUGCCAAUUCAAGUUUUUCCAUCCAAUCCUCCUGCACCAAGACCAAAAGCUCCAUCAAGAGCUCCACCACCUCCACCAAUUUUGAUGAGACCGUCACGUCUUCAAAAACAGCAGUCACCAGGACCGCAAGAUUCGUCUGAAAAUCCAGCGAUAAGUACUUCGCAAUCACCGAUUUAUAGCCCGCAAUCAGGUCUUGUUACACCACAAACUUCUAACAGUCCAGGAACUACUCCAACGCAGCUUACACCGAAACCUCAAGUUGCUUCUAAACCUGCGAUGGUGGUUAGACCUCCACCUAUACUUCCGCCGGCUCGUAGUGCUCAGCGGGCUUCAGAACAGACUCCGCGUUGGAGUCCUCCAAUUGAUCAGAAUGUAGGUUCUCUGGUAAUACCAGCCGUGCAGCAAAUGCCCAAAUUACAAUCUCCUCCUAUUCCGUGGAUGCAUCAAGGAUCAAGAAGUGCGCAACAAGAUGUUGCUCCUCCAUGGGUCAAUCGUGAGGAAAAUGACGAUGCUAAUGUGCGGCCAAGCUCCACGCAUAUUGUACCGAUGCAGGUUGAAGGAAGAGAUAAUUCACAACCGACGACUCCACAAACACCUGGAGCUAACAAACCAGGAGUUCGAGUGGUUCCAAUUAAAAUUGAAAGAUCUGAUAGAAAUACUCCACCGAAACAAAGAACACCUGAAGUGACUAAUCAGACGCCAGUUGGUUGGGGAAAAAAUAAUUCGGGUACGCCUACACAAUCUCGCGCUUUUAGAUUUCUACAACAGACUACUGAAGGUUACGAUGAUAUUAAACCCAAAACCGUGGUUGUACCAAUCGAGUAUGAGCAGCCUCCAUCUGAGCAAAUGCGCAAAUUACAAUUGGCAGAAGAUGACAAACUGCUUAUGGAUCAAUUUAAAGCGCAUGUCGAUGAGGAACAGUACUUGCAUACUGAAGAAGAGCCCAGAUUUCGAGGCGCCGCUAUUCCAUCGAAAGCAUUCAGAGUUUUGCAGUGCAUGACGGGCACCCAAGCAGAUGCUUGUCAGGAUGAAGGACCUAAAGGGCAGACACGUCCUGUUAAGCCACCAAAACCACAAGGAGUUUUAGUGGAUCCGACUUCGCCAAAGCCCUACAUACCACCGAGCGAACAGAAGGUACUAGAACCUAGAAAAUAUACUGGAUGCAACAUACCUGGACGCUCAUUUAAAAUUUUGCAAGCCAUUACUGAGCCCGAAAACUACGGGCCGGGCCAGUCUGACUUGUGAAAUGUCUAGGGAGUUCAUCAGGGCGGCGUUCCAUUAAAACUCAAAGCCUCCAUGAAUAUAAAAAUCCAUUCAAAUGGCGAGGUUUCAACGCCAAGUAUCCAUAUAACAUACACAGAAAAAUAUGGAUAAAUAUUGUAUCUUAUAACUUAGUUAUAAAAAUUGACAUCUAUAAAGUUAGGUAGAAAAUGGCAUUCAAGUGCCGCAUUAAUAUGCUUGUACAUCAUCAGUUGAUUUGACUCUUCAAGUAGAAGUUAGAUUUUUGAACAUUUUGAGCGUCUUAUAUUUUUGUUCUUGAAAUAAAUACAUUACAGUAUGGCAACUCAUAUUGCAGUCUCUGAUAAUAAAUAUUCAGCUGAUUUUGUACAAACAUCAUACCACGUAAGAAUAUUUGCAAACCCUGGACUUCCUCAAAACAAUAUGUCAGUUAACUCAGCAACGGUGCAACUCCAGUACCUGCACAAUAAAUAACUAAAUAUACGAUUUGUUUACAUGAAUAUUUUUUCGAGGUCUUUAGUUUAGAAUGGUUAUUGAAUGCUUAUAAUAUGUUAGUUUGUGUUGAGCCUGUGAAGUGAUAAAUAAUGGCGCAUUUCUUACGGAUAAUUGUCGUUCAUUUUAGUAGUCUCGAUAGUAAAAUAUUUUACAAGUGGUUUUUAUAUCUGAUUGUGUCAAAAUUACAUUUGCUGGUUAAUGGUAUGUUCAUACUAGUUCACAUACACAUUUAUUAUUUUUCAUUAUAAUAUGUAUACAUAAUUUUCUUUUACC